GAUAAUCAAUCAAGGGAACAAUGUGGGGUUCAUGUCAGAGUCUCAACCAUUUCUAAUAUGUUUUAAGUACACACAUGUGUACAGCUGCGCCAUUUUAGGUAAUGGUUAACGUUUUCCUGCCCAGCACUCCCGAUAAUAUAAAGCAGGUUACGUGAAGUAAAGCAGGAAACCUCCUCACCAGCUGAACCAGAGCGCAUUACGCACCCGUCUAUACACACAGGCCGUUUGACGCCGGGGAGGUUACUCGCAGAACCUGCAGACUUCAGUUUAGACAUUUCUGUGAUACGAGAUUUGAGAAAUGGCAGAUGAGCUUUUCAGGGUUAGGAGUAAGUUUGUGGAAAAGGUGUCCAAAGAUCUGAUCAAACAGCUCCUGGACAACAUUUUAGAUGACUGUAUUGUAAACGAUGGAGAGAGAGACUCAAUUAUUGAGGAGAACGUUAACAGAGCUGACAGGGCACGUUGUCUCCUUGAUACGGUGAAGAGGAAAGGAGACGUAGCCAGCAGGAAGUUCAUCGCUCACAUUCAACGCAGAGACCCUACUCUUUACGAUGAACUGGGUCUGGCUGAACAGGGCCUCGCUGAACAGCCUGCUCCACCAGCUGCAGAGACCCAGAUGGACCAGGAGUGGUCGACCACGCUCAUCCCUACCACAGAGAAAUUCUGGAUGGAGAAACAAAACGAUAAAAAAGUUUACCCUGUUUCCAAAACGGCUUUCAAGAAUCGUGUGGCCCUUCUAAUCACUAAUAUAACGUUUACUAAUGAGAAAUACAACAGAAAGGGAGCUGAGAAAGAUCAGGAGAACAUGGAGAAACUUCUCAAAGCUCUGGGAUACGAUGUGUUAAAACGAACAAACCUCACAGCAAAGGAAAUUGACACUACCAUGAUUGAGUUCUCCAAAAAUCCGAAACUCAGGGACACAGACAGUGUGGUGGUGGUUAUCAUGUCUCACGGGAAACUGGGAACUAUCCUCGGUAAGGACUGGAAAGCUGUGCUCUGUGAUGAUGUGAAUCAACUGGAGCUGUCUGCUGGUGAAGAAAACAUAGAGGAUGAUACUUUGCAUUGCGUACACAGAGAAAAAGACUUCAUUUCUCUUCUGUCAAGCACCCCUGAUACUGUCUCAUACAGACAUCCAGAUCGUGGGUGUUUUCUUAUCCAGUAUAUUGUUGACGUAAUCAACACCUUCGCGCAUGUAGAUGACAUCGAAGAACUUUUCAGAACAGUCAUGCAACGCUUUGAAGACUUUCCUGUUCCGAACAAAAGACAGAUGCCAACCAAAGACAGAUGCACUUUAACAAAGCGCUUCUACUUCUUCCCAGGCCUCUGAGGCAAGAUUCGCUGGUGUUUAACCACAGACGUGUAACCAAAUUUAAAACAACAACACUUUAUGAUAUGUUCUUGUUUGUAAUAAUUUUGUCUAGGUUUUAAACUUCAAAUAAAAAUUUCAGUACCCCAUGUUUAAAUAAUGUGUCUAUAUAUAGGACACUGAUUCAGUACUUCAGAUGUUUUAAAGUCAUCAUACUUUAUGAAUAACAUGUUUUUAUGAACGCACUGUUUGCUCCAUCUGUCAGUGUAAGAAUGAGUAGAUACAGAACAGAAUGAGGUAUGAUAUGUGAAUUUUAACAUAAAUAUUGUAGAAAAUAAUAAAAACUGAAAAACUACUGACUUUGUCUGCACAAUGUAAACAGAAGUCUACAAGCUCUGGCUGCAUCUUUAAGUCACAAAGCAUCUGCAUCAGUCCCAUUCAAAUGGACUCCCCCAGAUUUCCUUUU